AGUCUUUUGAAGCAAAUUUUAUAAAGGUAAAACUGAUUUGCAAAAUGUACUUCAGACCUGUCAAGAAAAUGCAUUUUAGAUUAAGUUUGGGAUCCUUUUUCGCUUUGAUAAGUGCGUGUGAGGGAUUUCUUAUUCCAGAUGGAAUACAAAAGGUGACAACUGCUAAGUUUGGAGAUAUCAUCGGUUUUACAGAUCAAGUUGAAUUUGGCAAGCAGAAUUUUCAAGUGAAAAAAUUUCUUGGAAUUCCGUAUGCUGAACCACCGGUAGGAAAUCUGCGUUUUGAAAAGCCAGUUAUGAAAGCAAGACUCCAGACACCCUUCAAAGCACAUAACUACUCACCGAAAUGCCCUCAACCGUGGCCUCAACGUGACACCAUGUCAGAAGACUGUCUUUAUCUCAACAUAUUUAAACCAGAAUUACCAAGCAAAAAUAUUGCACCAAAACCGGUAAUGAUUUGGAUUCAUGGCGGCGGUUUUCUUGAAGGAUAUAGCGAUGUUUAUUCGGGUGAUGUCAUCAGCGUCCUCGCUGACGUCAUUGUUGUUACCCUUAAUUACCGACUCGGUGUUCUUGGAUUUUUCAGUACCCAAAAUUCUAUGGCAAAAGGUAACUACGGUUUAUGGGACCAACAUUUAGCUAUUCGUUGGGUGAACGAAAACAUUGCUGACUUCGGGGGAGAUGCCACAAAUAUAACCAUAUUUGGGGAGUCAGCCGGUUCAAGUAGUGUUAUAUACCAGAUGCUCUACCCUGGCAAUAAAGGUUUAUUUAAACGAGCAAUAGCAGAAAGUGGAACUAUUGCUGCCUGGGCUGUCUCUCAUGGAAAUACAAACUACGAAUCGUCCAUGAAAUUUGCCCAAUCUGUUGGAUGUAGCGACUUAUCCAAUAUAUCUGCGUGUUUAAAAGAAAAACCUGAGGACGAGAUUCUUUCUGCAACCCUAAAGAUAGAAGGCGAUUUGUUUAAUGAAGUGAAUAGAAGUUGGGUGCCCGUCUUUGAUGAUGAGUUUGUGCUCGCAAAGACUCCCGAUAUAUUAUCUGAGCUAUUGGACCCACACCUGAGAUCAAAAUAUUCAAACUUUUGGGACAUUGAUUUAAUGAUAGGUGCAAACAAUUACGACGGUGUAGUGUACCAAGAUUUGAUGAUGGUAUACAUUAACAAUACUACUCCGACAUCAAUUAGCUACAACGUUUCUGCACAACAGUUUGACAAUAUUGUUGUCCACAGAGCAGUUGAAGCAUGGCUUGGUGAAAGUCCUACAUCACUGGCGUCAGAUCUAACCAUAAAUGAGUACACGGCAUGGGGCGAUCCAUUUGACAGCACAAAACGGUUACAGAAUGCUAUUGAUAUUUGGACAGAUUAUGCGCUAAAUGCUCCAACGAUAUCUACUGCAAAUGCGCAUUUAAAUGGCAGUUCAUCUACGUACAUGUAUCAGUUUUCGGUGGCACCUCCAAAACGUCUUUUACCGAUUGCACCCGUGCUAGAAGGAAAGAAUGUCGCUUGUCACACGGACGAACUCCCCUUUGUGUUUGGUUUUACAGAAAAUCUCAGGGGAUACUGGAAUUUUUCUGAAAGUAUUAUCGAAUCUAAUGACUAUCAACUGUCCAGAGAAAUGAUAACUAUGUGGACAAAUUUCGCUAAGUCGGGUAACCCCAACAUACCUAUGCAGCUUGGCACACUAAAUAGUGCUACUUGGCCGUCAUACAGUUUGCCAGGCGAAAUGUAUCUUGAAAUUACAGCCCAGCGGUCGGAGGUCAAACAGCGCCUGAGGGCCGAACAGGUAUUCUUCUGGAAUACUCUGCUGCCAGAAAUGCAAGCGUUUGCUAAACAGAAGUCAUAGAUAGACGAAUAUAUAUUCUAAGUAUGGAACUGGAUGUCUAGUGCAAAUAUAUUGUCAAAAU